CGGCCGCGGCUGGCAACACUGUUAAAAGGCCAUCAUGGUGGAUUUACUGUUUCCGUGUCUGUUUUGUUACGAUCGUAACUGCUUUACAAAGUAUAUUUUAUGAGUACGCUUGGCUGGGAUAGCUGGACUCUGCUGAACUUACGUCUACACAUGGGAGCGAUGAGCAGCGAGGCUCUCUUCGUGGCUUUUCUACGUUUGCCAAACCCUAGUGAGCAUUGAAAUAGCAUCGUUGGCUGGAGAUCGAUUAUCCGGUAUGGACUCUAAGAAAAGCCCUAGUCGGCGCACGAAACGACAAGCAAAAGAAGACAACGUGUGGGACUGUAGUGUCUGCACCUAUCGUAACACCGCAGAGGCUUUCAAGUGUCUCAUGUGCGACGUUCGCAAAGGAACCUCGACACGGAAGCCCCGGUUGAAUGCCCAACUGGUAGCGCAACAACUAGGACCCAGUCGACGCCCCCACCGUGGAGGGGGGCGCAGAGGUGGUGAUCGACCGCGUCCCAGGCCUCGACUGCAGAACGUCGACCGCUCCUCAGGAACCCACAAGGCAGUGACAGUGAAUAAUGUCACAGUUAUCAUCACGGAAUUCCAACCCAAGGCAACAAGCAGCAUUCGACUCUCUGACGCCUCAUCCUCGGACGCCCACUCGGAUGGGCAUCCGGACGGCCAUUGAGUGGUGCAUGCCACUUUGUGAAUGCCAGUGUGGACCUCAUUAGACAGCCCCGUUUUAAUGUGCGCAGUGGAAGGUGUCCGUUGCUGAUGCACAUGAUGCACUGUUAUUCAGUGGCAGCUGUGGUUGAGAGCGCGUCCGUGCUAGAACAAUUCACUCAAUAUAAUCGUGCUGUCGUAUUGUGUUCACUUCCUGUAUGCUGCCCAAGAUGCCAAGUCAUGAGGACAAGAGGAAACAUUUGACUUCAUAUAUCCCAAGCUCAGCCUCAAAACUGUACAAAAUUAAAGGCACGAAUGAAUGUCUUUUCUGGUGAAA